UCGGUUGAAAAUAUAUCAGUUGAAUGACUUCAGUACAAUGUAAUACAACAACUGCUGUACGAAUAGCUACCUGCGGGUUAUUUCCUUAUUAAUACGGGACCGUACGAUUAGCCACUUCCUUUAGCGUAGUUACGGACGUAUCCGAAUUAUGGAUGUUGUGUCGCUGAAAUCGAAACUAAAUCUAUAAAAUAUUGCUGCAACAAAGAAGAGGAUGUGUGUGGUAGUUGCAGGUCCAUGUGGAAUGUCUGCUUUAUGGAAUUUUGCAGACAUCGACGGCGGUAAUGAAGUUGAUGUCACCUGCUACGAAAGGCAAAGCACAUGGGGUGGACUAUGGAACUAUUCUUGGAGAACAGGUACUGAUGAAUAUGGCGAACCAUGUCAAGCCGGCAUGUAUAAGCACCUAUGGUCAAAUGGACCUAAGGAGUGCAUUGAGUUCCCGGAUUACACAUUUCAGAAACAUCUUGGGAAAGCCAUCCCCUUAUUUUCUCCUAGACCUGUUUUACUGGACUAUCUUGAAGGUCACUGGAAACUCAAAGAAGGGCUCAGCAAAUGCAUAAAGUUCAACACUGUAGUGCGACAUGUUCAAUAUAACGAAGCAGGCGACACUUUUACAUUAGAAAGCACCAACCUUGCGGCCAACACGUCCUCUACGGAAAAAUUUGAUUACGUCAUCGUUGCUGUGGGUAUCUUCAACACACCCCAUAUCCCGGGGUUUCUAGGCAUUGAGACAUUUGAAGGAAGAAAAUUGCAUGCCCAUAAUUUUCGUGACGCUGUCGAAUUUAAGGGUCAGCGUCUAUUGAUUAUUUGCGUGAGCUAUUCCGCAGAAGAUCUUGCUCUACAGUGUUUGAAAUACGGAGCUUCAAGUGUCAUAUGCACGUGGAGAACAAAACCAAUGGGGUUCAAAUGGCCGAAAGGAAUAGAAGAAAAACCAUUGAUACAGAAAUUUACAGGGAAGAAAGCGCACUUCAAAGAUGGAACGACCGAGGAGAUAGACGUUGUCAUAUUAUGCACAGGAUAUUUGUACUCAUUUCCGUUUAUGGAAGAUGGACUGCGUCUAAAGUCAUCAUUGUCAAUGUUCCCGGCCAACCUAUACAAGGGAAGCGUUUGGCUUGGUGGUGGCAACAACAAGCUGUUCUAUAUGGGCACCCAGGACCAGUACUACACCUUCACCAUGUUUGAUGUACAAGCAUUGUGGAUCUGCAAAUACAUUCUCGGUAAGAUUCCAAAUGAGUCCAAAUCAUUGAAAGAAAUGAAAGAAAGUGCAGAAAAAUGGGUCAAGGAAUGCUCCAAACUGAAGAAUUGCCAUGACGACAUAGAUUUCCAGACUGAAUUUAUCAAAGAUUUAAGUGAGGAUACGGGUUUUAGUCCGGACGCAAUAAAAGCGAGGGAUUUGUUAUAUACAUGGGAGCACAAUAAGGAUGAAAAUAUCGCCACGUACAGAGAUCAGUGUUUUUCUUCAAUUUUCACCGGUACCAAAUCACCAAAGCACACUGCCACCUGGAUGCAGGCAUUUAAUGAUAGCAUUUCCGCUUUUGCGAAAGUAGCAGAAGAAAAAUCGCACUCUCAAAAAUGCAGUUAAAUUUGAAAAAGAAAAUGAUUAAACAUUAAAUACUACUCAGAGAACACUUCAUAAAGGUUAACGUUGCUUUAGCUCUUGUAUGUAUAUAAUCGGACAUAUUAACUUCUAUGAUAUUUCAGAAAAUCAUCAUUUUCUGUAGCCACCCAUAUCACAUUGCAGGCAGUUGGGUGGAUGUUUUUCAUACAUGUCGUCUUUAACAAUAUGUAUCGUUUUGUUCACAUUCGAUGUUUUAUUUCAAUAGAAAAGACUAAACAAAUACUCAUCCUUCGAAAAAAUAGCACCAUCACAAACCUCUCACAUAUGCACAAAUAUUUAGGUCAAUUUUCAGACCAUCUGUCUUUUCUUUUUCUUAUUAUUUUGCAUGUUUACUGCUUUGAACUUUUUCACCCAAUUUUCUUCUCUAUAUAAAAAGUGUCUUGUGUAAGGUUUAAAUAAAUUAUACGUUGCAUAGCAUUCCAUAGCAGACAAGCUGUUUCUCCUGGCUUUAUCCCUGACAGUCAAAGUGUAAGUAAAGGCACGUACACAUUCACAUAGAAAACGCCCCAGUCGUCCUCUCAAUGCUUUGAUUUUGGUAUUAUUUGUUUCGCGUUUUUUGUCAUGACUUACAUGUUUAAUCAGGCAUUCUUUGUUCUUGUAUCAUGAUUUGUGAAUCUAAUAAUUGUAUAGCUUUCAAAAAUGGUCUUUUUGCCGCGGAUCUUUCACAGCAGUUAAAUUUUUAAACUCAAUAUAGCCUAAUUCUUUGUACAACGAACUACAGUAUUCGUCUAUAAUACUUAGAGAUUGUGCCGUCAUAUGUUUCCUCCAUGCACUAAGCGGAGCAGGUUUCUUCCUACUAAGAGAUUUAACAAACAGUUCAUCUGUUUUCGUGAAAGGUACG